AUGCAAGCUUCAGCAGAGGAAGCUAAUGGAAGGCCCUAUCCUCCGGUUACCUUAGAGCAGUCACAGGCCCAAGUUAAAGAAAAGGAUAGAUCGAUCCCUUUGACAAACGAAUCCCAUGAAGGCAUGGCAGAGGGUAGCGGGAAUAUCCCAAGCCCAAAUGAGAAAAAGAGGAAACUCACAGAGAGUGAACUGCAGCAGGACAAGACGAAACAACAGGAGCCUCAACCACGCUCAAAACGACGAAGACAAGAGGAACGGUCACAAAAGAAUAGAAAACGGGGAAAGACACCACCAUCUGCCUACUCUCGCCGUGAUGCCCCCGUAUCUGAAACCAGGCGAUCUCCGUCGCCAAUUAGACGCACUCCUUCCCCCGAUGCGCCGGUUCGACAGCGAAAAAGACCCGGUGGAGGUGCAAGGAUAAACGCCGCUAAUAUGGAGGCUCUUAGGAGAAGGCAAGAGGAAAGGGACCGUCAGCAGCAAGCCGAUGCGGAACAAGCGGCACAUGCUCGUGGAGUUCAUGAUGUGGUACGACAACAUUACAAUGCUGUCCCUGAACGUGGGCGGGAAUGGCGAAAGACAGAGAGCAAGAUCAAAGGUCUUCGCAGCUUCAACAACUGGAUCAAAAGUUCACUUAUUCAGAAAUUCUCCCCAAGCGAGGAUUUCUUAGCCAGGCAUAAUGAUAGGGACCUCGCUGGGUCGGCUUCUGUAGCCCCAGACGAAGAGAAACCGCUCUUGAUUGUUGACCUUGGGUGUGGCAAGGGUGGUGACCUUGGUAAAUGGCAACAGGCCCCUCAGCCUGUUGAGCUUUAUGUUGGACUAGAUCCGGCAGACGUCUCUCUUGAUCAGGCCCGGGAACGGUACAUGCAAAUGAAGAACCAGCGAGGUCGGGGACGUCGAGGAAACCCCAUAUUUCACGCUCAAUUUACCCCAAAAGAUUGCUUCGGCGAGUCACUCGCGGACGUCCCUAUAAUCCAACGUGUUGGAAUAGAUGAAUCCGUUGGUCCAGGGGGUUCAAUGAUGAGCUCCCGGUGGGGUGGAGGAGGGUUCGAUGUUGUAGUAUCGAUGUUCACAAUGCAUUAUGCUUUUGAAAACGAGGCUAAGACUAGGCAGAUGCUGAAAAAUGUGGCUGGAUUACUCAAGAAGGGAGGUCGAUUCAUUGGAGUCGGUCCUAACUCUGACGUGAUUAGCGCAAAAGUUGCGGAAGCUCAUAAAAAACGCAAACAAAAGGAAGAGGACACGAAGAAGACAGCGGCUGAGGAGCCAGAAGAUGGUGAGGUAGAGGAUAAUACGGAUGUGGUUGAAUGGGGGAAUAGCAUAUACCGUGUGAAGUUUCCAGGAAAGACUCCAGAGGAUGGAGUAUUCCGUCCUGCAUUUGGCUGGAAAUAUUUCUACUUUAUGGAGGAGGCAGUCGAGGAGAUCCCUGAAUAUGUUGUGCCAUGGGAGGCAUUCCGAGCAUUGACUGAAGAUUACAACUUGGAGCUUCAAUAUCGAAAACCAUUUUUGGAUAUAUGGCAAGAGGAGAAGGAUGAUCCUAUUCUAGGGCCACUUAGUGAACGUAUGGGCGUCCGAUCUAGAAACGAUGGCUCCAUGCUUGUGAAUGAUGAUGAAUUAGAAGCAGCAAGUCUAUAUCAUGCGUUUUGCUUCUACAAGGUGUAA